UCAAUUGAGCAUGGAUAGAAGCCAAUAGAAAUUAGUUUAACAAAUUUUACGAUGGUGUUUUUAUGCAUAAUUGAAAGAGUUAAUUAUAAACGUAUAUAAUACGGUUAAUCGAUAGGUAUUUAAGGUAAGCGACGUAAGAACGUGGAUUUUGCAAUCGCAAGGUUAUUAGCCAAGGUUCGUGGCAGGAAAAGCCGGUAUCCUAAAACAGCCGAGCCGGAUUACAACGAAAUCGGUACCGGGGCAUUUCACUGCUCAGGAUAUUUGUAAUCGUCCGCCGAUAGUAGCUAAUGCCGGGAAAGAGGUCCGACAUAGUGACGUUUACCUGGUACAGUUAUUGGUGUCGUUGAUUUAAUAAUUUGGAUCGAUAAGUUAUAAAAGUUUGGAUAGAGCGUAUGUACGAAGCGUAAACGAAAGAAAUUGUUAGGGAUUAUGAAAGCGAAUGAUUUAGAAAUGGAUAUUUUUUUCUGUGGUGGUGACCGUACUGCGCGCAGUCGUUCCAGGUUUGGAAGUUGGUGAAAUAAUGGUGUGUGCUGUUGAUAAGAGGUGAGGGAUCGCCGUCAACAGUGCACGUGGUGACCUCUUGUGCAUCGUCGAUGAUGCCGUUUUAUGUGUUGUUAUCGAUACGGACGGGGUGACGAUUUUAUACACUGGGUGGUGACAUAACACCAGCAUGGCAGCAGUACCAGCGCACUGCAAGGAACAAAAAACUUCCGAAGAUACCGGAGGUCUGCGAAAUGGUACGCCCGUCGAAGACUUGAGUUCGGACGACUCCUCAGGUAAUGUCACUAUGAAAAACACUAUUAAGUCUACCGCUAAUAGUAACGGAAAUAAAUCGAGAGAAAUGAAAAUGGAUAGCUUUCAAGAUGGUGGCACACAUCAGCUGAAUAACAGCGCUGUUGUCGAGAAGGUUAUGUACGCUUCGAGUAUAGAUAGGCAGAGAAUGAGUUCCGAUUUUCCUAAUUAUAAUCAGAAUAGCAGGGACGGUGGCAAUGAAGAUUAUAGAAAUACGCCGGAGAAUUUUAAUCAUUCCUCAAAUACUGGAUAUGCUGGUUGCGAACGAAGAGUUAGUGGUGGCAACUACACGGCAGACCAACAUGGCGGACAGGAGACAACUGCUACGGCAUCGGAUGCGACACAGAACAAGCUUUAUUCUCAAUAUAAUCAGCAGCAGUUGAAAACAUUUAAUCCACGUGGUUUAAAUAUGGGUCCACCUCAGAGGCCGGGUAUGGCCGCUAUCAAUCCCAAUCAAGGACAACGUAUUAUGUCUGGCCAGACUAUAAGCCAACAGGGCGGGCCAACACCAACUCUAAACUUAUUACUACAGUCACCAAAUCCAACUCAACGAUAUCAUAAUAGUUUUAGCGAAUAUAGUAAUAAUCCGAGUUUAUCUAAGGGUGGAAUCAGUGAUCUCAAUCCGGCAUCGUCUCAAUAUCCUCCUAGCAAUUCUUGGGGAAAUCGAACUGCAGGACCUGGAAAUUAUUCUCAGCCAAUGCCUGCCACCAUGUAUAGGAGUCAGAGUGGACCAGUUGUGGAUAUGAUGAAAAGACCAUACAUGACUUCUGGUAGCGAUUCAUCACCGUCUCAUUCAACUCAUGGACAUCCCCAAGCUUAUAGCCAUCAGUAUCAUCAGAGAUCAUAUUCUCAAACACAAGGUCAAAAUGUUUCAACUAGAUUAGUUGGUCAGUCAUUUUCCCAGCAGGGAACGCCACAAUAUGUAAUGCAACAAGAUUCUCCUGGUUCUCAGCUAUCUGGAUAUGAACAAAGAACACAUUCAACACCAUUAAGUGGAUAUACACAGUCACAAAAUCAGAAUCAACAGGUAUUUAUAAUUAUGUGUAAUUAAGUAUUUAAACUAAAAAUUAGAUCUUUUAUGUAAUAUUAAGGUUUUUAUUUCAUUGUGUUUAUUUCAUUAAAAUUUAAAAUGUUCAGGCUUCUUUUCAAAUAAUGACUGCUAUGAAUAAGUAUACUGAAAUAUACUAAUAAUUGAAAAAGUAUAAAAAUUAAAUGCCGAGUAAAAAUAUUUAUGAAAAUGUAUGAGUGAAUAUAACUUUUUUUUAUUAACAUUAAUAAUCUAGACAUUAGAGUCUAUGUUAAUGAUUAGUGUGUCUGUUUAAAAUACAUCUUUGAUGAUUUCCUUGCAAAUUGAAUCUUGCUAUGAAGUAUUUUUACUGGCAUGUUUAUUAUGUCAAUAAUUUUUAAAUAUACAGUAGAAACUUGUUAAUCUGGCAUCAAUGGGAGCAAAGUGGUACCAUAUUAUUGAAAGUGCAGGAUUACCAGACCAGGGGCUGUAUUCUGGUCACUUAUCUCUCGUCUCUUCUUUAACCGACGAAUGACGUCAAAGCAAGAGAUGAAAUUUCUCUCUCAUAGACAGUGGCAAUUCUGGUCACUUUUAACGAUCUCAUCUUCGUUAAUGACAUCACAAUACUACUAGAUUGAUUAUACAUGUUCGGGUUAUUUGCGUGUGCAACACGAUAUAGAAUUUUAACCAAUGACAUUAUAAAAUUUUCGAAAAUGCAGAGUAUGUAAUCAUAGGACACGAGGCAAGGAAAGCACAUGUUCAAAUAAAGCACGUAAUUUUCACAAAUGUAUGUCUUUUGUUUUAUAAUGUUUUUACAGAUUAUAAAGUCAAUUUGUCUCUUAACAAAUAAAAAUUUUAAUAACUUAAGUUAGAAAAGCAUGAGUUCUUAGAUAUUUUUUGAAAUAUUACCAUCUAAUUUCUCUUUAACUAUCUAAGUAAGAUUAACAUCAUAUUCGAAGUUCAGUAAUUGAUGUAGGAUAAUUAAAAAAAAAAAAAAAAUAUGGAAUCAUCGGCGUUUCCGAGUAGGCACUG